GUGGGGACGCAGGAUGGCGGCGGUGGUUGUGGUGGGUUUGCGUGAGCGGGGAGGGGGGCGCCGCAACCGGGCGCUCGGGCCGGGGCCCCCGAGGUCGGAGGGAGGCGGAAGUGGAGGCCCUCCGGUCCGGGCGGCGUGAAUGACGCCCGCCUCGCUUGUCCGCUUGUCCGCACAGGACGAGGCGGCGACGCGCGACGUGCAGCGGCUGCUGGUACAGUUCCAGGAUGAGAGCGGGCAGCUGCUGGGCUCCCCGUUCGACGUGCCCGUGGACAUCACCCCGGACAAGCUGCAGCUCGUGUGCAACGCGCUGCUGGCCCAGGAGGAUCCCCUGCCACUGGCUUUCUAUGUCCAUGAUGCCGAGAUCGUAUCCUCCCUGGAGAGGACGCUGGAGUCACAGGCGGUGGAGACAGAGAAGGUCCUCGACAUCAUCUACCAGCCGCAGGCUAUCUUCAAGGUUCGCGCUGUGACCCGCUGCACCAGCUCCUUGGAGGGUCACAGCGAGGCGGUCAUUUCUGUGGCCUUCAGCCCCACAGGAAAGUACCUGGCCAGUGGCUCCGGAGACACUACUGUGCGCUUCUGGGAUCUCAGCACUGAGACGCCACAUUUCACGUGCCAGGGCCACAGACACUGGGUCCUUAGCAUAUCCUGGUCCCCAGAUGGCAAGAAGCUGGCUUCAGGCUGCAAGAAUGGCCAGAUUCUCCUGUGGGACCCAAGCACAGGGAAGCAAGUGGGCAGGACCCUUGUUGGCCACAGCAAGUGGAUCACAGCCCUGAGCUGGGAGCCCCUCCAUGCCAACCCCGAGUGCCGCUAUGUGGCCAGCAGCUCCAAGGACGGCAGCGUGCGGGUCUGGGACACAACCGCGGGCCGCUGUGAGCGCAUCCUUACCGGGCACACGCAGUCAGUCACGUGUCUCCGGUGGGGAGGGGACGGGCUUCUCUACUCCGCCUCCCAGGACCGCACCAUCAAAGUCUGGAGGGCUCAUGAUGGUGUGCUGUGCCGAACUCUGCAAGGCCACGGCCACUGGGUGAACACCAUGGCCCUCAGCACAGACUACGCCCUGCGCACGGGGGCCUUUGAGCCAGCCGAGGCCUCAGUUAACGCCCAAGACCUCCGAGGGUCCUUGCAGGAGUUAAAGGAGAGGGCUCUGAGCCGCUACAGCCUCGUGCGGGGCCAGGGCCCAGAGAGGCUGGUGUCUGGCUCAGACGACUUCACCCUGUUCCUGUGGUCCCCGGCGGAGGACAAGAAGCCCCUGGCGCGGAUGACAGGACACCAGGCCCUCAUCAACCAGGUGCUCUUCUCCCCGGACUCCCGCGUCGUUGCCAGCGCCUCCUUCGACAAGUCCAUCAAGCUGUGGGACGGCAGGACGGGCAAGUACCUGGCCUCCCUGCGUGGCCACGUGGCCGCCGUGUACCAGCUCGCAUGGUCGGCCGACAGCCGGCUCCUGGUCAGCGGCAGCAGUGACAGCACAUUGAAGGUGUGGGAUGUGAAGGCCCAGAAGCUGACCACAGACCUGCCCGGCCACGCGGAUGAGGUAUACGCUGUCGACUGGAGUCCAGAUGGCCAGAGAGUGGCAAGUGGCGGGAAGGACAAAUGCCUCCGGAUAUGGAGGAGGUGAGAAAUCCCAGGUUGUCUGGGAUCCCCACCUGGACUCAGCCUCUGCCUGCUGCUUGCCCUGGUGGAGACCGUAAGGCUGAGGUGAUGACCUUGAGGAUGAGCGUGGCCUGCUGUCCUCAGACAGACCCCAAGGGGUCCCUCUCCAGAGCAGGAGGUCGAAGGUCGUGGGACGUUAUCACUGAGCUCAGCCCUUGGCCAUCACAUGGUACCUCUCUGGUGCCAGUUGGGGUGGUGGGAGGCCGGGUGAUGACUGGCCCCCGCUGCUGCCCUGCCUCCUUUUCUAAAUGCCGUCUAUUCAGAGUCAGACCCCAGGUCCUGUGACCAA